AGAUGUGUGUGUGUGUGUGUGUGUGUGAGAGAGAGAGAGAGAGAGAGAGAGAGAGAGAGCAAUAAACAGAAGAAAAUAAUGGGAGUGAAGAUAAUACCCAUUGCACAGUGACGAGGAAGGAGCACUAAAUGCUGGACAGUUCAGGCAAAGGCAAGACAGAGGCAACAAUUCCAGUAGAGAUGUCGUCCUACUUGCGCAACAAGGACCUGUCAUCUCGCACCAGGAAACCUGUUUUGGAGUCGCCACCCUCCUCCCCAUCCUCUGGCAACAAAAGCUUCAGACGACAUAGACUAACAGUGGGAAUUCCACUCCAUUUGAGUGGAGGAGCAGCAGCAGUUCAUGGCUGGAGCCCAACUGGAACGCUGCUCUGCAUUAAUAAGCAUGACAGAUUAUCUAGGGGUGAUGCCAGUGAAGUGGAAAGCGCUUCGGAAACGCAAGGUCAUACCAGCUACUACACACGUAGAGAACUGGAUUCUCUAAACAAGACAACUGACUCUCCCAGCAAGGACUUCAAGAAGCUGUAUGAGGAGGCACUGGCAGAAAAUGAGAAGCUCAAGGCUUGUCUGGAAGAUAGCAAGCAGGAUCUAGCUAAAUUCCGUUUGCAACUGGACAAAGUCACAAAGAAGCAAGACAGAAUACCUGAGAGGUCCAGUGUAUUUGAUUCAGAAAAAAUGGAAAAGCAGGUAUUGGAGAAGAGGGUGUCUGAGAUGGAAGAAGAGCUUAAGGUUUUGACAGAGCUGAAGUCAGAUAACCAGCGCCUAAAGGAUGAAAAUGGGGCUUUAAUCAGAGUGAUCAGCAAACUUUCCAAGUGAGGCUAUGUGCACAAUCACACAGAGUGUCAAGAGAUUCACUGACUUGAAAGCCUUCACUUGCCAAGUUCUUGAAAGCCUUCACUUGAAAGCCUUCACUUGCCACUGAUCUUGCUACUGAGAGAGAGCAUAAAUCAUGUCAUGUGACAUGACAAAUGAUUUAUGCUCUCUCUCAUUUCACCGACUCCGAGAGAGCAUAAAAUGAUUUAUGCUCUCCGACUGUCUCUAAACAUGCCUUUUGUUACAAAGAUAAUGUCAAAUGUGAUUCUUCAAAUGAACUGCCUUACCACUUGUUGCAAAAUUCAACAAACUCUUCCUUAAUACAUUCCAGGUAUUGUGAAAACACAUUUUGUACACAUUUUGUACUGUCAACCUUGAAUUGAAUUGAACUUGGCUUUUACCAUUUGAUUUACAUAAAUUGUGUACCUUGAAAUGUUACAAAAUACAUACAUUUUAUUUUAUUGUGACACAAAGAUCAAUUAACCAAAAAUAGACAUUUGUUUUUGCAUAAGUAUUUAAGAGGGAUGUUUCCAAGCUCCUGUGCUACCUUUUUGUGGGUGCAAUUCACAGCAUCUUGAGCUCUCUUAACCACCACACUCUCUGAUAAUGUUCUGCAGACGCCCUUAUCCAGAGCAACUUACAUUUAUCUCAUUUUUUUAUACAACUGAGCAGUUGAGGGUUAAGGGCCUUGCACAAGGGCCCAGCAGUGGCAGCUUGGUGGUGCUGGGGAUUGAACUCAUGAUCAGUAGUCCAACGUCUUAACCACUGAGCUAAAAGAUACUGUUUAAAUGCCAAUAAUCUGACAUGAUCUAUAAUUGCAUUUCCGUGCACCUCACAGUGAAAUGCAGUAGUUAAAAGAUGUGGAAUUGUGUAGCAUAUGCUGAUGUUUUUGCACUUUGUUUUGAUUUCUUAAAAUUUUUGUUAAACUGAUCAUAGAAGAAAAUUUACAAUGUGCCUAAUACAUUAAACAAUCAGGAUUCUGAUGUUAUAGCAUAAUAAGAACAGUAUUCUUGUAACAGUUGCAUAAUGCUGUUUCUGUGCUUUGCAUUUAAUUUAAUCAAAUCAUUUUGAUUGAUACACUUUUUUUUUUUCUACACAUUUUGCACAAGACUGGUCACCAUUGUCACAUGUUGUGUCUGUCUUUUAAAAUAAAGGUCUACCAAUUCA